CCUGAGGCAGGGAAAGCGGCUACCUCCUCGCUAGCCCUCCCUUCUCCUCAGGCGUGUCUCGCGGGAACUAGAAGACGGGACCACCGAGAUGUGGGGUCCUCCAAGCUUACUAGAGAGAAUUUCAGAGAGGGUAUAAGUUGGUGGGACAGUGUGAUGACGUACUUCCGGCGCAGCCAUAUUUUCUUUAAUGUGUGAGCGUUUGGUUUGUGAGGACCCGUAGUGGUUCCCCAAACCUGUUAGCUAGAAAGCGGUAGAGGCCGCCCGGAGCCCACGGUGAGUGGGUCUGGCUUGGCCUGAGGAAGACGCGAAGGACUCCGCGGGAAACGGGCGCGGUUACUGGGAUCCUCACCGACCCCGUGGGCUCCGCUGGAUUCCGGCGUUCUGGCCUCGGGGCUUGCCCGCUGGUCUCUCGUCCCCACGACGACUGUGUGGCCUGUUUAGAUUCUGGCACUGACACAAAUUCGAGUGUUGACACCGAGGUCCUCGAAACGUUUCAAAUGUCUUUGCUCCGGGACACGUUAUCAAUAGAGAACACAACCUCGCGGUCGCUGCAGGCCCCUCUUGCCCGAGCCGUGGAGACCUCAGCCCUACCCCUCGGCCUGUACGUCUUCAUGCUCUUUCCCCCUCUUUUCAGGUGGUUCCAGGAAAUAGGUCUGUGAUCACGUCACUUACUUUAUUUGCCCGGCCUGGUGUAAACCUAAUCUGGAAGCUUAUUACUGUCCGUAGAGCAGAGUUUUUGAGAAUAUUGAAAUGGUAGGGCCUUUUUACCCUCGAAUGGAGACUAUUUACUUAAUGCACACAGCGGGGAACGGGGGAGCCCUGAGUUUGGAUGGUCCCACGUGAAUGUUUAAUCUAGAAAUCUCAUGACGAGUCACAUCCACCAAGCACCUGGUAGGUGUCCACUGUUUAGCGUACAAUUUCACGUGUACACUAUUAAAGAAAAUGGAGAGCUUUCUUACCCUCUUCACGUCGUUUGCCACUCUUCUCAUUACGUUCUCUUAACUUUCCCUUAUUGUCAUAACCUCAUUGUUAGGGUUUCUAUCAAUCAGAUUAAAAAGUUGGACCCGGCUGUUAGUGAAGUGUGUUGGGUUGUGAUUAGUUCUCAGCCUGAGCUUGUUACCUAUGCUUCAACUCCGUAGUUUUGGUUUUCUUCGUAGGCAAGUAGGAAGGAGUGUUUUGUAGGGUGGCCUCUGCUACUGUUCUACUUCCAGAGGAUUUACUUUUUACAGAUUGUCAGCUGUGCAGAUCGGACCUUUCUGCUUAAGCCCUUUUGCUUCAUAUGUCAGUAUUAAGUAUCCACUGUAAGGGACAUUUAUUACAAAGAUAUGAUGACAGCAUGAUUUAAGGGAACUAGAGUACAACCACAAGGAUACCUAUUUACUCAGUAUGAAUCACUGAUUUUUGUUAACUGGGACAAAAACCAUCCAUGAAUUUAGCAGUAUUACUUGUGUGGGUUUGCAUUGUUUUUUUGCACAUCCUGCAUUUAAUAACUACUCUUUCUCCGAUUUGGAAUUCCCUGUAAUUGCCAGAAUGUGGGUUUUUAUCCUGUCCUGACAGCUCUUUUUCUCUGAGAGCCUCAGCUUCUUCUACCUUUAUGCAUGACUUUUUGGAUUCACUAAGACGGGUCAGUGGAGGAAUGGGCAGUGUUCUGGGUAUCUAAAGUCUUGUCUGAUGCUAUUGUAGGAUCCUGAGACUUAGAGCAAACUGCAGCUAGGGAAUUGAAGUGGAAGUUGUUUUUAACAUUUACAAGUCCAUGCACUUUUAUACUUAUUAAAUACUUCCACCUGAUAGCAGCUAUUUGCAUUUAGGGGGUUACCUUUAACGUGUAAACCUUGCUGAUUCACUGUACUGAAUGGCAGAAGGCUUACUUCAUAAUGAUACACUAUUAACUGACCCAGAAAGGUAGUUGGAACUACUUUAUGAAUUUGGUUUUGCUUUUCUUAUAAUAUUUGGAACUUGGGAGUAUUUGAGAUACGUCAUGAAGUUAGUGGACCAUUUAAUAUGUUUCUUCUCACGUGUUUCUUCUCACAACCUAUUCCCAACAUUUAUAAAAUUGAAUGAAGAUCUUAUAAUCAGUCUAUGUAUUUAGAGGAGAAACUAGUAGUGGAAGACAUAAAGACAUUCCUAAAAAAAGUUUUUUUCAAAUUAUGUUUUUGCUUACUGCUUAUGUAAUAAAACUGCCCUAUUCUAAUAUUUUAAAGCACAAAAGGAAAAGCAGAUCCUGAGAUCUUGUGUUUGAUGGAUUCUUUGUACGUAACUCAUUCCUAAUUGUACUGUGUGGAUUCUAGGGAUCUUAACUGGAGCACCAGCUUUCUUUUCAGCACAUGACAUUCUAACCACUGACUACCCUAGUUUCCUUUUCUGUCCUCUUUCUAUGAUGUCUUCUCUGGAUUACUGAAAAUUAUACUUUUCUCAGCCCACCUUCUCAUCCUACAUUCUUGGGAUGAUUUCUGUUACCUUUCUAUGUUCACAUCUAUGCCUGCUAUUUCAUCAUUGUGAGAUGAGAAUUGCCACUGAUACAAGGCAGUAACUGAGAAGUAGUAGUAAUUCACAUAGCCUCAGAGGGGUCAGAUGUUGUGUGCAGGAGUUAUGGUCAGUAGAGUUAUUGUUACUAAUGUUUCUUUCAUUACCUUUUGCUCCUGAGACUUACUUUUCCCCAAGAUGGGAAUAAAAGAGAUCAGAUGAUGACAGCAGUGUCCUCAAUAGCCAAGCCUCAGUAUCACCAACUUCCAAACCAGCCCUCAUCCAUCAGCUGGAGCAAGGAAGAGAGCUGUGUUUCACCAGCCACAGGGAGCACUAAGCAGGAGGAGCAGGAGAGCUGGCUCAAAAGGCGUCUUGGCUCUGGAGAAAACUACGUGGCAAGAGGCGGUUGGUGAUAGCAUUCUGCCUCUUGAUGACUCUGUCUGUGGUGACUGUCACCCGCUUCCCCCCGCAGCAUCCAGCUACUGGCCCAGACUCUGGUCCCAUGGAGCUCCAGGAGGUCAUGGAAGCCCCUGGCCCCCACAAUCGGCAGGCUCUGAGCUCCAGCUGGAGGCAGCAAGCAAGAGACCUAGGGUUCUGGAAAGGCUGGGCCUUGCCCAGGAAUUCCAUCCCAAUGUGUGCUGAGGAGCAAGGCCACAGAGGGACAGUGGACAGAAGCAGGAAGUCCCCAGUAGGGGACAGUAGGCAUCCAGGGAGGGUCAGGAGGGACAUUACUUUGGCCUCUCUAGGAGAUUUGAGACUCAGUACUUCACGUCUUGUGCUCCUGAGGGAGGAUGAGGUCAGGAGUCCAGGAACCAAAGACUUGGGUCCUCCCUGGCAUGAUGAUCCUAUCGGAGAGGCACAGAAUGACACUGGCACCCUGGUUGGCCCCCUCACAGGACCUGACAUGACAGCUUUACAGGCUUGGAGAGCUGCUGCUGGACUAACUCUCCGGCCCCGCCCAGUGGAAGGCAGGAAUCUGCCAGGAGCUAGGAACAGAGCUGUGACUGGUAGGCCACAAGCAGGGCAUCCCACCCCAACUGCAGAGGCUCGUCGGUGGCCUGGCUCUGUUGGGGAGCUGCAAGGAUCUGUCUGGUGUGAUGCGGAGAGCCCUGGGAUGUUGACCAGCUUGAGGACCAGUGGGCAGGUUCCCCCAUGGUUCACAGAGCACGAUGUGCAAAUGUUCCAGCUGUUGGCCAAGGGAGAGGUGGUGGGCAAAGCCAGGAUUCCUGGCCAUGGGCAGGUGCUGCAGGUUGCCUUCUCCAAUGAGGGUGUUCUUCAGAACAUGUCUUCUGGGCUCAGCCAUCUCUGCUCCCAGGGGCUCUGUGGCCUGAUCAAGAGGCCUGGGGACCUGCAUGAGGUCCUGUCCUUCCAUGUGGACCGAGUGCUGGGGCUGCGCCGGAGCCUGCCUGCUGUGGCCCGAAAGUUCCACAGUUCCCUGCUGCCCUACCGCUACACAGAUGGUAGCACAAGGCCUGUCAUCUGGUGGGCGCCUGAUGUGCAGCACCUGGGGGACCCAGAAGAGGACCAGAACUCUCUGUCCUUGGGCUGGCUGCAGUACCAGGCCUUGUUGGCACGUGGCUGCAGCUGGCCAAGCCAGGCCUCCUGCCUGGGCAUCCACUACACUGAGUGGGCACGCCUGGCACUCUUCGACUUCCUGCUGCAGGUGCACGACCGCCUAGAUCGCUACUGCUGUGGUUUCGAGCCUGAGCCAUCAGACCCCUGCGUGGAAGAGAGGCUCCGAGAGAAAUGCCGGAACCCGGGUGAGCUGCGGCUGGUCCACAUCCUGGUCCGGAGCAGUGAUCCAUCCCACCUGGUCUACAUCGAUAAUGCCGGCAACCUUCAGCAUCCUGAGGACAAGCUGAACUUCCGGCUGCUGGAGGGCCUCAAUGGGUUUCCUGAGUCUGUCGUGCAGGUUCUUGCAUCAGGGUGUCUACACAACAUGCUGCUCAAGUCCCUGCGGAUGGACCCCGUAUUCUGGGAAAGUCAAGGCGGGAGGCAGGGACUGAAGCAGGCUCUGCAGACUCUGGAGCGGCGAGGACAGGUGCUGCUGGAGCACAUUCGGAAGCACAACCUGACACUGUUCAAGGAUGAGGCCUCGUGAACUCCACUGCCCAGGCAAGGCUCUCGCCCUGCUGGCGGGGUGCCUCCCAACACAACCUGACUGGAUGAGCAUUCAUCCUGGUGGCCACAUUCUCUGGGUUCCUCCAACCUGAAGACAAGCGGGGAAAUCCAGAAGAAACCAGAGGAUACCAUGGAUGUCCCAGGUGUCCCACCUGCAUGGGAUGGCGAAGGUGGUUGUGGGUAUUGGGUUUUCAACCUUACCACCAUCUUUUCUGCCUUUUCAGCUCUGGCUAUUCAUUCCCUUGCACCAAUAAAUAUAUUCAAGGAUGUUCUAUGAACUGCUCCAGAUACUGUGAACUUGUGCAUCCCACAUGCAUAUGUAGAGUAGAUGUGUUGUGUGUGCAUAUGUAGAGUAUAUGUGUGAAGUUUCCCUCUGAAGAUACCAAGCCAGAAUCUUGUCAGGAGGCAAGGCCCCAAGUUUCCAGCAAGCACUUCUGUGUCUUGAUGUGAACAGGUCUGCUCCGCACAGAACGGUGGAUGCAUAAACAGUGUGUGGCCCCGCCCAGCCUGUCCAGUGCGUGUCAACCAGCCAUGGCACAGGAGGACAGGCCAUGCACUCUGCUCAGCCCACUCAGCACCGUCUCCAGCGCUGCCCUCGGCACUGGCCUCUUCCUCCCUCUGGGGCUGUAGGGGGUGGAGGGAGGCUCAAACCCAGCUCUUCCCAAGUCCUCAGGACUCCAGGAUUGAGCCCACUCUCCUGGGCUGCCUCUCAGCCCAGAGCGGCUCCGGCUCGGGGGCACAGGCCUCUCACUGCACUACUCCUCAGCAGGUAUCCCUGCGCUCCCUACCUUCUGCCUCAGAAGGUCUUUCUAAAUAUAUGUACCCUGAAGAUUUUUUUCUCUUUGAUUUUCAGAGGACUGGACUUGAACGAAGGAACUCUGGGUUCAGAUCUGGCCUUGGCCACUUUAUGGUUAGCAAAUGACAAAUGUUUAUUGAGCACCCACCAUAAUAACAAGUAACAUUUACUGAG